AUGGACUUGCACCGGGCUGCCUUCAAAAUGGAGAGCUCCUCCUACCUUCCCAACCCGUUAGCCUCGCCGGCGCUAAUGGUGUUAGCAUCCACGGCCGAGGCCAGCCGCGACGCCUCCAUCCCCUGCCAGCAGCCCCGCCCUUUUGGCGUACCCGUUUCCGUGGAGAAGGACGUGCACCUGCCGUUCAACAACGGCUCCUACACCUUCGCCUCCAUGUACCACCGUCAGGGAGCCGUACCGCCGGGUUUCCCCAACAGGGACUUCCCUCCCUCGCUUCUUCACCUGCACCACCAGUUUGCUCCACCCAACCUGGACUGCUCCCCCAUCAGCAUGCUCAACCACAGCGGCGUGGGCGCCUUCAGGCCGUUCGCGUCCCCUCCGGAGGACCGAGACGGGGCGGGAGGAGGAUACCAGUCGGCUUUCACGCCGGCCAAGCGGCUGAAGGGCUGCCUGGACGCGGAGGCCUCCCCUCACCUGCGCUACUCGGACGCGGAGGGCAAAGAGUACGACUACGGCGGGGCGCAGAUCCCCUCCAGCUCGCCCAGCGCGCUCAAAGCCGUGGAAGACGCCGGAAAAAAGAUUUUCGCCGUGUCGGGCCUGCUGUCGGACCGCGAGACGUCGUCCAGUCCCGAGGACCGCAUUGAACGCUGUAAGAAGAAGGUGUCUCUGUAUGACAGUCAGGCUCCUGUCUGUCCAAUAUGUCAGGUGCUGCUGCGUCCAGGAGAGCUCCAGGAACACAUGGAACAGGAGAUGGAACGACUUACUCAGAUGCAUAUCAGUAAGACCCCAUCACACAAGGAUGUGAGCGUAGCUCCUGGCACGCCCAAGUCCCUCCUGUUGUCAGUGCAUAUCAAGCGUGAGGGCGAGUCUCCGGUUGUCUCUCCACUAUCCUCUGAUGAUGCUCAUCACUCUGACAGAUACCAGACGUUUUUACGAGUGCGAGCAAACAGGCAAACACGAUUGAAUGCCCGGAUCGGGAAGAUGAAGCGUCGAAAGGCGGAAGACGGUCAGGUAUGUCCACUGUGCAGCACCCCGCUGACAGGGACAGAGGAGGAAAUGAAUAGGCAUGUGGAACUGUGUCUUUUCAAGAGGGAAGGAGCGUGCGGAACAGAAGACGACUCGGCAGACAUGGAAGGAGAAAACGGAACGCGCUUCGAGGAGUACGAGUGGUGCGGACAGAAGAGAGUCCGCGCUACCUCUCUGCUGGAAGGCGGUUUCAGAGGAACAGGCUUCGCCACGUGCAGCACGAAGGAGAGCCACGACAGCGACGCCGAUCUCGACGUGGACGGAGACGACACCCUGGAGUACGGGAAAGCACAGUAUACAGAGGCAGACAUCAUCCCCUGCUCCGGAGAGGACCAAGGAGAAGCCAAAGAGCGUGAGGCGCUACGCGGGGCAGUUUUGAACGGUGGCAUGCCGUCCAACAGAAUAACGCCCGAGUUCUCCAAGUGGGCCAGCGAUGAAAUGCCCUCCACCAGUAACGGUGAGAGCAGCAAGCAAGAACCCAGCUCUGCAUCUACAUCCUCCACACCCAGGACCUGUAAAAACAGCGAGAUCGAAAAAAUUACAGAGGACUCCACGGCGACCACGCUGGAAGCUUUGAAGGCUCGUAUCAGAGAACUGGAGAAGCAGAUUCUCAGAGGAGACAGAUACAAAUGUCUCAUCUGCAUGGAUUCUUACACAAUGCCACUUACUUCCAUUCAGUGUUGGCACGUCCACUGCGAAGAAUGCUGGCUUAGGACUCUGGGAAAUAAGAAGCUGUGCCCACAAUGCAACACCAUCACGUCACCAGGAGACCUCAGGCGUGUCUACUUGUGAAGAUCAUAGCCAUCACCUGGAUUGU